UUUGCCCUUAGUGGAUAAGGACACAAAGGACUGUGGACGACAUAAGGCCAAUUCAUCUCAUUUCCAAACAGAAGGUUUCAAAGGCGAGGAAAAAUAUGGCACCAGGUGAAACGAAGACAAUUGAUGAAAUCAGCGACAUAGGUGAUAUGUUAGAAUUAGUAAAUGCACUUGGAAUCUCUGCCGCAGGACUAACGACACUGGAAGAGUUAAAAGACAAAGUAAAGACCAAAUCUAAGCCUUCAAACACUUCUGGUGGUACAGAAAGUCAGCCAUUCCAAGUUCUAUCAGAAGCAUUCAGGAAAGACAAGCAAAAACGUGACAAGUUGUGCAGCCUAUAUAAAGAAACGAAAGGUUUCCUCGACCAGCUGAAUGAAGACACAACUCUCAAAGUCCUCGGAGAAAGCGUGAAGGACUUUAAAGCAACUCUGGAUAAUAAUAUCGAGAGAAUCAAACCAAAAGAUCAAUAUAUUAUCCUUGUUGUAGGUGAAACCAGCGCAGGAAACAGUAGCAUCAUCAAUCUCAUUCUUGGAGAAGAUCUUCUAUCUUCUAAAGUUCUCCAUUGCACUUCAACAAUAUGUGAGUUAAAAUAUGGCAAGAAACCUGCCAUUCUCGCACACUUUGAAAACGAAGAGAAAAAUCCGCCGACUUUGUGGGAGCUUGGAGAUCCUUCGAGUUUCAAAGAGAAAAUAGCAGAAUUUGCUUCCUCGAAAACUCAAGAUGGACGAGAGAGAGCUCCUUACAAGAAGGUAGAGGUGUUUUGGCCGCAUCAAUUGCUCAAGGAGGGUGUCAUGAUUGUCGACAGUCCUGGAGUUGGGGAAAGCCAGGCUAUGGAUCAAUGUGUGCAUGAUUACCUAGCAAAUGCAUUCUGCUUUAUGUAUGUUAUAAAAAGUACCAAUGCUGGAGGAGUUAAGAAGGACAGACUAUUGUCCUUACUCCAAAAAGUGAAAGCCCAUAAGGUGAAUGAAAGUAUGGACCACAGACUAUUCACCAAAAGUGCUUUGUUUGUUGCCAACUUUUGGGAUGAAAUCCCCUCUAAAGAAGCCGAGGAUGUAAAGAAUUCACAGCUCGAGGCACUGACUAGGAAGAUGGGUGAGCUGGACGAGUCACAAAUCGUUUACAUGUCGUGCAAGCGAGUUCAGCUCGCACAGUCGUAUGGCCUCAUCGCGGACGAAUUUGAUAAGCUGAUGAAUGGGAUUAUCCGUCUUCUAGAAUCCUAUCUGAAUGACAGUCUACAAAUCUACUACAAGUGGUUGGGCGAUUUCCUGUUUCGUACAUCUGAGCAAGUCGGGAUCCUGUUGAAUUCGACGACCCUGUCAAACAACGAAAGAGAAGAGAGGAUGCAAAAAGUGAUGGAUAGGAUGGCCGGACUGGAAAAAUCACAAGAUCAACUUUUCAACGAGCUCAGUGAAAGCCAACUACAAGCGAUCAAAGAAGUUAUCAACGAUCUUGCCAAUUACUUCAAAUCCGAAGACACUACCAGAAGAUUCUGCGCAUGGUCCUCAUCUGACCUGCCUGAGGAUAAAGCAACCUGGGAAGAAACGAAAAGUGAAGCAUUGAAAUGUAUCUCUGAAAGAGCCCGUGCGUUUGUGCAGAAAUGGGAAGAGGACGAACAUCAUUUUGCGAGAACCCAAGUUGCCCUUAUCAAACAUUGCGCCGCUAAAUAUGACAUUAUGGAGGUAGACAUCAGAAACCUACAAGAAGAGGUAGGAAGACCAGAGCAGGAAAACCUUAGCUUUGACCCUUUCAAGAGAUAUGCAUCAUUGCGAAGACGACUCCCGGUGCAAGGCAACGCCCCAGUGUGGUUCAGACAAGGUCUGACCUCGGUGGUACUUGGCACUCCGUUCAUCUAUAAUUUGGCUGAAAAACUUAAAAAGAACUUUAAAAACAAAAGGAAGCUUGAAAAAUUCAAACUCGAUCUUGUUUCCUACAUGAAAAAAAAAUCCCAGAAGUGUCUUGGACUCAUUGCCAAUGAAGAAAGUCUGCUUCCGUUCAUAAAUGAUCAGUUGAAGGAUGCUGUCCAGUUCUUGAAGAACAUCAAAGCCAAGAUAUCACGACUGAGAGAAGGUGAUAAGCAGAUAUAUAGUCAGCUAUACGAAGCGAACGUCAGAAGCACAUUCGAAAUAAAAGAAGUCUAUGAACCCGUACGUUCGCGUUUAGAAGUCUUAAAGCGUGAAGUAACAGUUUAUGAAGUCAACUUUUUAAGAACAUCAAAGUUCUCAAACAAGGAACUACAGUGGAACCAAGAUGACAAAUCUAUCGUUGGAAGGGGAACUUUUUCUACAGUGUAUAGUGGUGCUCUUUUAAGGAAAGGACAGCCAGAAGUUGAAGUGGCACUAAAAGUCUACAACAACCCAAUUAGAAGCAACAACAUAUCGCAUUUUAUUGAGGAAGAAUAUGCUCUGAGAUGCCUCAGUCACCCAAACAUCAUAAAGUUCUUUGGAACGCAUCUUUUCCAAUCUCCACCAUCUUGGACAAAAGUGAUUAUUGUCUUAGAGCUCUGCAAAUGUUCGCUUAAAACUCGAAUCAUGUCCCAACCUGAAAAUGCUCCUGCGCUCUCCAAAGACGAAACUGCUAGGAUGAAUGUGUUACUCUGGGCUGAACAGAUUCUUGAUGCCUUAAACUACUUUCAUCAACAAGGAUACGUUCAUCGAGAUCUAAAUCUGGACAAUUUACUGUUGACAGAUGACAACAAAGUGAAACUAAUCGAAGUUGGUAUAGCCAAGCACGAAAAAGAAAUGACGGGUACGUUUCGAAGUAUGCUGACUUACCUUGCCCCCGAGGUCCUGGCAGGUAAAACUUACAACACCGAGGCCGACAUGUAUAGUUUUGGUGUGAUUCUUUGGGAGAUGUGGUAUGCUGAGACAGCAUUUCAACCAGACGUUAUUCCCCACUCACCAUUUCAGCUUACGAAAGACAAGGUCACAGAAAUCAAAGCCCUGCGCCCGAGACACAUUAAAGGAACUUAUAAACCCUGGAGUAAAUGGGAGCUUGUCAUGAAGACGUGUUGGGAGGGUGAGCCAAGUCAACGACUGACCGCUUUAGAAUGCUUACAAGAACUUGGCGACCUCCGUCAGCGUAUAGAGAAAAAAGCACCCAGCGGAUUGGCUGUGAAACAUGUUCCGUUACCAGAGGCAACCCAAAGUCAAUCAACCGCUGAAAGCAGUCCGAUUACGUUGAAUCCCGACCCAAUUACUAAACCAAAACAACAGCGAACACCGCCACCAAUAAAACCCAAGCCAGAAAGAUCGUCUAUGACAAUUGAGAAGGCAACUAAAAUUCAAUCAACCGCUGAAAGCAGCCCGACUACUUUGAAACCAGAAGUUAUCCCCGAUUCAUCUUUCUAUUCUACGAAAGACACGGUCACAGGAAAUAAAGCCCUGCCCCCGAGACACAAAGAAGUAACUUAUUAAGCCCUUAGAGACUGAGAGCUUGUCAUGAAGAAAUGUUGGGAGAGCGAGCCAAGUCAACGCCUGACCGCUCUACAAUGCCUACAAGAACUUGAAAGCCUCAACCAGCACAUAGAGGAAAAAGCACCCAACGGAUUGGCUGUGAAACAUGUUCCGUUACCAGAGGCAACGCAAAGUCAAUCAACCGCUGAAAGCAGUCCGAUUACGUUGAAUCCCGACCCAAUUACUAAACCAAAACAACAGCGAACACCGCCACCAAUAAAACCCAAGCCAGAAAGAUCGUCUAUGACAAUUGAGAAGGCAACUAAAAUUCAAUCAACCGCUGAAAGCAGCCCGACUACUUUGAAACCAGAAGUUAUCCCCGAUUCAUCUUUCUAUUCUACGAAAGACACGGUCACAGGAAAUAAAGCCCUGCCCCCGAGACACAAAGAAGUAACUUAUUAAGCCCUUAGAGACUGAGAGCUUGUCAUGAAGAAAUGUUGGGAGAGCGAGCCAAGUCAACGCCUGACCGCUCUACAAUGCCUACAAGAACUUGAAAGCCUCAACCAGCACAUAGAGGAAAAAGCAUCCAGCGGAUUGGCUGUGAAACAUGUUCCUUUACCAGAGGCAACCCAACCCCCCUCCCCCCCCCAGUGAGACUGGACUUAUGAUGGGACCACCCUGCUGAGGACAUUUUUUGUUGCGUUACUAUUAUGGUAUAAAAAAACUUGUGCUUUUUCGUUUGAAGUUAUUUUAGUAGUCUGAACAAAAUAUUUUAGUAGUCGGAACAAAACAUUUUAUUAGUCUGGACAGAACAGUGUGAAACCCGAGCCAAUCACUAAGCCAAAACAAAAGCGAACACCACCACCAACAAAACCAAAGCCAAAAAAAUAAUCUGUGUCGCUUUCUAUUAAAAAGAAACAUUGAGAAAAAUGUUCAAUUUCAAUGAACUCGACGGAUAACUUUAUAAUAGAUUUAGGAUAGAUUUAUAGUAGUUUUGAUAUAGCUCAGGGACCAAAUGUUCAACUCGACUAUUUUCCCUUUUACCCAACUGAAAGCUGACACUUAAGCAACAAUGGUCCCUCUAAUUAAAAGGUUUUUGUUUUUAGUUGGACGGCGAAAGAGAAACCUAAGGCAAUAGCCACUAGCC